AUGAAGCCUAAAAUGAAGUAUUCAGCCCCCAAAAUCUCCUCAGCAAAGCUGAGCAGCACAGCAGAUAGAACCUUGGUAAAACCCUGCAAGAUAAGAGAAUCCCAACAGAAGACCAAAGAAAUCUGCCAUGUGUAUUGUAUGAAGCUACGCUCUGGCCUUACCAUAAAAAAGAAGGCCUGUUACUUCAGGAAAGAAAUCACCAAACAUUGUUCACAAAAAACAGGUGGAAAGCACAAAGAAAUACAUCAGUUAUUUGCUGCCUAUCAACCUGCUAAGGAGCACUCCAUCUUUGAAAUAGCUAGGAUCCAAGAAAAUACUAGAGCACUUGACACAUCAAGUAUCAGAGGAGUUUCUUUUUUCACAGAAUCUUGCGCUUCCCUGAGUACAUACAAUAAUCAACAUGUUCGUUUUAUUUGGGAGGAUGGAAAUUAUGUGACCAAUGUUGAAGACCAGCCAAAAGACCAAGAAAAAGACAAGGUAUUACUGCGCUACUAUGAGUCUCCAUACCCCUCAAGCGAAUCAGGUGAUGGUGUCGAUGGUAAGAUGUUGAUGGUAAACCUGAGUCCUACAAAAGACAGAGACAUCUUGCUUCAUGCCAACAACAAGGCGCAGUCUGUGGAGCUGCAAAAGUGUAAAACUCCAUUGCCAGACCAGGCCUUCUUUGUCCUUCAUAAGGAAUCCUCUGAUUUUGUUUCAUUCGAAUGUAAGAGUAAUCGUGGAAUGUAUAUAGGAGUCAAAGAUAAUCAGCUUGCUCUGGUGGAAGGAAAGAAUCAGACUAGUGAUAAUAUCAUGUUUAAGCUCUCCUUAAUGUAA